UUCAUCCGCCUAAGGGUCGGAUGCUGCUCACGUUUGACAAGGCACUACAAGAAAAUCCCCCCAGUUGUUCUUCUAGUUUCAAGCAGUGAUAUUAGUGGAGGGGUGGCAUGAUUUAGAUAACAAAGACUAUGACUGUUGGCCCCUGGAAAAGCCAGAUGAGUACAACAUGCUGGACUGCGGAGGACUGGAGAUGACAUGGGUGCAAAGGCCUCCAGAAAAGGCUGUGAGUGGGGAAUCCUUCAACGUGACCUAUGCAGUCUUUGCUUCAGACAGUUUUUAUCAAUAUGCAGUGCAAAAUGGAAUCCUUUCCCACAGCAAUGCUACUGCUGCAAAGGAAUUCUGUGAGGAGCAUGAAUGUCCUGCCAGAUGGAAAGAUGCAAAUGGGGAUAACUGCUGUAUCCACCAUGCCAAUAUUCACUCCUGUCCUUUGGCCUUCAUGGCUAAAGGAGGAAUAUGCGGUCCAUGGAUCCCAGAUGAUGGUCAGAUAUUUACUCACACUUUGUCUACUGCUGGCAAAAUGAGCCAAAGAAACUGGACUGCCAAGGUUGUUCUAGUUCAUGUGGGUGUGACUUCUCUCAUUGCACACAUCAGAGUUGGGAGAAUCCAAGCUGCUCUGGAAGCAAAAACCACAGUCCUUCCUGCAGUAGUCUGUGGAGAUGGCUUUUGUGAGGAAGAAGAAGACUGCUCUAUCUGUCCAGCAGACUGUGGGGAAUGCCCUCUUUCUGUUGAUGUUAGGAUUGCAAUUGCCUUACCAAUAUGUUUAGUCUCCACUGGUUUCAUUUUGACAGUCAUGUGGUUUCAAUAUCAGAAACAAAAGAUGCUUUGGGAUGAAAGCUGGAUUAUAGACUUCAGUUGCAUCAAACAAGAUUGCGUUAUACAGACAGCAACAGGAAGCAUGAUGAGUGCUCCCCCAACACUCAGUGACUCCAACAUCAGUUGUGUUACUGCUCUGAGCUCCUGCACAACAGCUGCCAACAUGUCCAGAAGGAAAUAUUUCACCCAGACGGGGAGAUAUGAUGGUAGAACAGUGGCCAUAAAGAAAAUAAGGAAGAAGGCAUUCACACUGUCUAAAACCAUACGUAAAGAGGUAAAGCAAGUGAGGGAACUUGACCAUCCCAAUCUCUGCAAAUUCAUUGGCGGUUGUGUAGAAGUUCCAAAUGUUGCUAUUGUCACAGAGUACUGCCCCAAAGGCAGCCUGAGUGAUGUGCUCCUCAGUGAAGAUAUUCCUUUGAACUGGGGUUUCAGGUUUUCUUUUGCUGCUGAUAUUGCUCAAGGAAUGGCCUAUCUCCACCAUCACAAAAUAUAUCAUGGACGGUUGAAGUCUAAUAACUGUGUGAUAGAUGACCGCUGGGUUUGUAAAAUUGCAGAUUAUGGCUUGCAGUCCUACAGAAAAGAAGAUACUCGUGAUGGAUCAAGUUCAUCCCAGCAGCCUUUGAUACAGAUUUACACAGCUCCUGAAAUACGUACUCUUUCAGAUUUUGAACCCAGCUCUAUGGCAGAUGUCUACAGUUAUGCCAUCAUUUUACUAGAAAUUGCCACAAGAAGCGACCCUCUGGCAAAAGAUGAUGUGCAUUCAGGUGAAUGUUCUUGGUGCCCACCUUUGGCAGAAUUAAUUUCAGGAAAAGCUGAGAAUUCUUGCCCAUGUCCCACAGAUUAUGUAGAGUUAAUUGAAAGGUGCAGAAAAAGUAAUCCAUCUCAAAGGCCUACAUUUGAGCAAGUCAAGAAAACACUGUACAAAAUGAAUCCUGUUAGCCCUGUUGACAUGAUGAUGACUCUGAUGGAGAAAUACAACAAACAUCUGGAGAUACUCGUUUCUGAGAGAACUCAGGAUUUAAUGCAUGAAAAACAGAAGACUGAUCGUCUGUUGUAUAGUAUGCUACCAAAACAAGUAGCAGAUGAUCUCAGGCAGGGAAAACGUGCACAAGCUCAAAGUUACUCAAGUGCCACCAUCUUCUUCAGUGACAUUGUUGGCUUCACUGAGCUCUCCAGCAGUAGCACGCCGUACCAAGUGGUAGAUCUCUUGAACAAACUUUAUACCACUUUUGAUGAAAUCAUAGAUAACUAUGAUGUCUAUAAGGUGGAGACAAUAGGAGAUGCCUAUAUGGUGGUGUCAGGAGUACCCAAGGAGAAUGGGAUCCUUCAUGCUGGUGAGAUCGCAAGCAUGGCUUUAGAUCUUCUGGAUGUCUGCAAGAUUUUUAAGAUUCCACACAAGCCCAAUACUCUCCUAAAGAUAAGAGCAGGAAUACAUUCAGGGGCAGUUGUAGCUGGAGUUGUUGGAACGAAAAUGCCACGGUACUGUUUAUUUGGAGAUACUGUGAACACAGCUUCCAGGAUGGAAUCUACCAGUGAAGCUCUUAAAAUACAGUGCAGUUCAAGUGCAUACCAGCUGUUGGAGCAGAUUGGAGAGUAUCUGUUAGUAUGCCGUGGGAAUUUACAAGUCAAGGGGAAAGGAGACAUGGUCACAUACUGGCUUGAAGGUAAGAAAGCCUCUGUCACCCAGAAGGCAGUCACCAGCACUUCUGUGACUCCUCAAGAUGCCGACAAAGUUUCAUACAGCCCGAUACCAGGUGUCCUUCCCAGUGAUCCUCUCUGAAGUCUUGCUUCCUAGUCACUCAUUAACUCCAGUAUCCCUUCUGCUUUCAGUCUGUUAGGUCAUCUUGCUAAAUUAGAAAAUUAGGAAAGACAUUAUGUACCCCUUUGGUCUUGUGAAUGUAUUAGCUCAGGCUUUAUUUACAGUUAUUUCUCCCAGCAGUGGCACUGAAAAUACAAAAAAAGCAAAAACUUGCCCUAAGGAAUAAUACAUAGAAAUGUCCCACCAGCUAUCAGAGCAGAAAGUAGCUCCCAGUGUUACUUCUUGAUUUGGUUUUGAUGGGAAGUCUUCAGCUAGCAGCCACCAUGACUUCAAAAUCAGCUGGUUGGACAUUCCAGCCUGUGAGGUGCUCCCACAGGAAAGGAGACAGUGUAGUGUUGCUGUUUAGUGGUAUCAUGAACCCUGUGGCCAUGGUUGGUUUUGGGGUCUGAAAGGGAAAAAUGAGGUGUGUAUUGUGUAAGGAAGUAAGAUCCAUCAAAAGAGGAGGGUGAAGCAGAGAAAUUAUAGUUGAUACAAAUUGAAACAAGAAUUUGUACUCCUCCUUCCAUUUCAUUUUCAUUGUCUGGAGCAUAAAAAGAAGAAUUAAGAAGAAAGCCUGGUGUGUUUCCAUACAGCCAAUUCCUAGUGAAACCUGCCGUCUUGCUGCAGAAACCUGAAAAUCUUGGGAGAGAAAUUUAAGACAUUGUAUGCCAUUGCUAAAAUGGAUAAAGUUCACUACAGCUGCUCUUGUCUUUGGCUGCUCUGGGAUUUCUCUGAAAAACAGCUCUUAACAUUAGCUGAUGUUGUUGCUUUCACUAAAGUGGUAGUGAACCUACAAUUGCUGGAUAGCUAUCUGUCAGUGAAAUCAGGCAGCCCUCUGAGUCACCGUGUAAUUCAGGACACAGUUUAGGAAAGGUCAUUCCUGAGCCAGCAUUUCCUGUAAAGAGAGAACCAUCAGUACAAGUAGAGUAAUCUCUAGAUGAGCACGAUUCUGUGAGCAGUGCUGGUGUUGGCUUUCUUUAAAGAUUUACCUUUCGGGACUUAUCUAUUUUGAAUAGUUUAGCCCAUCUCAGUUCAGCUAAUUAACAAACAGUCUAACAGAAUAAGUGAAACUGAGAGACAAAGGAUAUCAAGAGUCAAACCAUUUCCACUGAAAUGUGAACUAGACUGGAUAAAGCUAGUUGGGAGAGGAAAAGGAAGGACUUUAAGUGACAUGGGACCACUUACUCCUGCUUAUUCUGCUCCCUUACCCUCCAGUGUGUCCCUCAUCCUGGGGACAAGUACAAAAAUAUGCAUGGAGUUACAAUUUUUCUGGUAUAAAUUUGUGUAAUUUAACCAAGCAUCUGGCUGCUUGUUCAUGUUCCUAUGUAGCUAGCAUAGCCACAGCUUUUAAUUCCAAGUAUGUGCUGUGUGACAGUGAUAGGAGUGUCACACUAGUCUUUCUUCAGCUUCUGUGAGAAGCAAAUGCUGCUGUAAUGGUAGAUUUUUCAAGGAAGUCUAACAGAGGUAGAAUGUUAAAUGCUUCCAAAUUAUGGAAUUUUUUGAACUGCACAGAAAAGAUGUGUAACAUUUUGAGCGAAAGUAUGUCUCAGGAGUCUGUGAAACUCUCUGUAGUCUGAAUGGAACAAGAAUCGCAGCAAGGGUCACAGACAUAGCUGGCUUUGGCACAUGAGAUUCCCAAUGUAAAGUCCAGCCAAAUUUUUUAAAAUCAAAAUUUUUAAUUGGUUUCACAUUUUUUCUAACCUUAAAAAUUCCUUUCUCUUUUUAAGUUUCAUAUUAGAAGGUACAUUUCAACUACUGGUUUUGUAAUCUUAUCAGAAUAAACCUUUCAGUUAUCAGUAGCCCAGAGAUAUCCUCUAAUACAACCAUUUCCUUUAUCCAAAUGCUGUCUAAAAAUUGUGAAACUCUCUGCUCUGUUAUAGUGCUUCAUGAUGUAUUAAAUAGUUUACAUUAUUAUCUUAAUGAGUUUCCAUUUGUUUACAAUUCUAUUAAAAAGGUACAUAUCCUUAUCAAAUGUGGAUGUGAAAGCAUAUGCUUUGUCUGUAGUAUUUCAGUUUUAACUCUUCUGCUUUAUUUUA